ACAAAACACCAAAUAGGAUAGGCCUAAUACCUUAUCCCUUAUUCUGUUCUCGGGGCUCGGGCUUUCUCUCGGCUUCUGCUUCUCCCCCUCUACACCACGGUUCACCAUUUCUCCCUCGUCUCUCACCGCCUCUGCCCCUCACGCUCUCCGCCAGGCGGUCACUCUUUCACGCCUCGCUCAGAGACCUCACUUCAUCGACUCAGCGGACCUCACCUCAGCCAGUCAGCUACACUAAACACACAACUGAUAAGCAAUGGCCGCAGCUUGUAUGCCUUCAUCUUCUUGUUGGAAUCUCACAGCCAAAUUCCAGAGUCUCUCACUCAACACCGCCCACCGCAGGACCACUGCUUUCUUCAGACCUCUCAGCUUCUCGGCCAACGUUUCGCUCAAUCUCAAUCUCUUCUCCCACGCAGGGGCUGUCUCGCUGAGCCCUAUGCAGAAGAGGCCGCUUCGCCGGUCUAUCGUGUGCGAAGCUGCCCCGCCGAAGAAGGCGGAUUCGGCUGCGAAAAGGGCACGACAAGCUGAGAAGAGGCGUAUUUUCAAUAAGUCUAAGAAAUCUGAGAUCAGAACUCGUAUGAGGAAGGUUUUGGAAUCAUUAGAUGCACUGAGGAAGAAACGUGAUGCACAGCAAGACGAAGUUGUUGAAAUUGAGAAACUAAUUGCAGAAGCGUAUUCAGCCAUUGACAAAGCAAUCAAGACAGGGGCAGUUCACAGGAACACAGGAGCACGGAGGAAAUCUCGCCUUGCAAGGAGAAAGAAAGCAGUCGAGAUUCACCACGGUUGGUAUGUUCCUGCCCCUGCUCCCGAUGCCACACCUAUCCCCCUCGCUACCGUCUAGUCUAGUCUAGUCUAGUGUAGAGGGAUUAUUUCAAAACCUGAGUGAGUUCCUUCCCCUUUAACCAUGUCACAAUGACACACUAUUCUUGUUUGUCCCUCCUAUUUACAAGCUUCUCCUUUCCCAAAACUUUCAUCUAUCAGUAUGACAUACAUUUCCUGUAUUUGUUAAAUAAAAUGGUUGUCUGAUGCUUCCUAUAAAAGCUCACCAUGUUUGCAAGUUUAGAACA